AUGGUCAACUCCUGCUGUGGAUCCGUCUGCUCCAACCUGAGCUGCGGAAGGGGCUGCUGCCAAGAGACCUGUUGUCAGCCCAGCUGCUGCUGCAGCCCUUGCUGCCCCCCGACAUGCUGCCAGACCACUUGCUGCAGAACCACCUGCUGCCGCCCAACUUGCUGUGUGACCGGCUGCUGCCGCCCCACCUGCUGCAGACCCACUUGCUGCCAGUCAUUCUGCUGCCAGCCCAUUUGCUGCCGCCCAGUCUGCUGCAUAUCCAGCUGCUUUAGGCCCUGCUGUCCCCGACCUUGCUGCGUGUCUACCUGCUGCAGGCCCUGCUGCCCCCGACCUUGCUGUGUGACUACCUGCUGCAGGCCCUGCUGCCCUCAACCUUGCUGUGUGUCCAGCUGUUGCCAACCUUGCUGCCGCCCAACCUGCUGCCAAACCACUUGCUGUCGGACGACCUGCUGCCGCCCAACCUGCUGUGUGCCCACCUGCUGCCAACCUUGCUGCCGCCCAGCUUGUUGCUAA